GAGCGGCGGUGGCGGAUGUUUCAGCUCAAGUCAGUGCUUUAGUUUUCGCACAUUUUCACUGAAAACCGCAAGUACCGCCGCAUAACCGCUAUUGAAAUGGUUCUUGAAUAGAAGUAGACUCUAUCCGUCCCAACAUUCCACACCUUUCGAGCAGAUCUGUCGGCAGACGAUCAGCCAACCCAUACAAGAACAGAGGAUCUAACACGUCCACUGGCGCUGGCACCGUCAGCCAUUGCUACAUAACUGUUUACCUCUAUAUUUAAAAUAUGAACAAGAAGCAAGAUUUAGACGUGGAUGCUGUUAUAGAACAGUUGCUUUCUGUGAAAGAUACUCCAGGCAAGCAGGUACAGUUACCUGAAACCCAAAUAAGACAGCUAUGUCAGAUAUCAAGACAAGUAUUCUUAGAUCAACCGAUGCUGAUAGAGUUGGAAUCACCAGUAAAUAUUGUGGGUGAUAUUCAUGGACAGUAUGAUGAUCUCUUACGACACUUUGAUAGAUGUGGAUACCCACCAACAGCUAAUUACCUUUACUUAGGAGACUAUGUUGACAGAGGUAAAAGAUCAUUGGAGACAAUAUGUCUUGUGUUGGCGUACAAAAUAAAGUAUCCCAAUAACUUUUUUCUUCUACGUGGUAAUCAUGAGUGUGCCAGUAUCAACAGGAUAUAUGGAUUUUAUGAUGAGUGCAAACGAAGAUAUAACAUCAAACUUUGGAAGACUUUUACAGACUGCUUUAACUGUCUUCCAAUUGCUGCAUUGGUAGAAGGUACAAUAUUCUGUAUGCAUGGUGGUUUAUCACCAGAUUUAGAAGACUUGGAUCAAGUACGAGAGAUUGACAGACCAUUAGAUGUACCAGAUUCAGGAUUGGUCUGUGAUCUGUUAUGGUCAGACCCAGAUGAGGAUAUAACUGGAUGGGGUGAGAAUGACAGAGGUGUAUCGUAUACCUUUGGUGGUGAUAUUGUCAGAUCAUUUCUGAAGAAACAAGAUUGUAGUCUCAUAGUACGAGCACAUCAGGUGGUUGAAGAUGGUUACCAAUUCUUUCAAAAAAGAAAACUUGUCACAUUGUUUAGUGCUCCAAACUAUUGUGGAGAAUUUGACAAUGCUGGUGGUGUGAUGAUUGUAUCCAGUGAUCUGACAUGUUCCUUCAGUAUAUUACCACCGGACAAUAGAAGAAUCAUUGAGAAUAAAAAAAAAUAACAAUGGAUUGAUGAUUGCCAUCUCAGAGAAUAUAAUGUCUUGUUUGGCUUUGUAUUCACACAAUGUCACCCUCAAUGUCAACUGAAAGAUUUCUCUUCAGGCGAAAAGAUUCAUUCCAGUAUACUACUGUAUAUGAUAGAAUAUAAAAGCAUGCCUCUAUUGGCAUUCAAGGAGUCAGGACACUUUCUAGUUUUCAUGUAUAUGCUUCAAUACGCACAUCUAGUAGCUGAGUAGCACAUAGUGGCAUACUUUGUGACCAAAAAUUACAUUCAAUAUUCAUACAAAGAUAUAUACAAGUUUAAAGUGUUACAUUUAUUGUUGUUUUUAA